AUGAAUUUAUUUCAGCAGGCUCCAUCAAAAGACAUGACUAUAGGAGAUUAUCUUGAUCAUAGACGAAAAUUAAUCGAGGAACGAAAUAGACAAACUGAGUUUGAUGAGGAUCUGGCGCAUGCCUUACAACUAUCUUUAGACAAUCAACGUUUAUUGCCAAGUUUCGAUGCAGAAAAUAAUAACCAACAAUAUCUGUCAAAUGAUGUCACUAUUGUUGUUGAAGAACAAAACGAACAAGAAGCCAAAGAACAACACAAUGAAUUCGAAUUAUUGAAUAUCCAAACGCAUGAGUCACCAGACAAUAGCAACCAACAACAAGCCCGAGCAAAUGAUACAACUGCUGUCGAACAAAAUUUAAUGAAAGGACAAAAUAAACAAGUUCUAUCAAAUGGUGAUGACCUAGUCGCUAGAACUUUACAGUUAUCCUUCGAACAACAAUAUCAUGAUUAUUUGUUAGCUUCUGCAUUACAAGCCAUAGAAAAUGAAUAA